UCCGGAAGUGGUUGCCCAAAUCUAAUAUGUCCGCUGGCUGCUACGAUUUCUGAACGAAAACAAGACUCGUGGAGGAUGGCAGACGUCGGGCUAGAAGAGCUGUCGCAGCUCGAAUAUUUGUCCUUAGUGUCAAAGGUCUGUACGGAGCUCGACAAUCAUUUAGGAAUAAACGACAAAGAUUUAGCUGAGUUUGUCAUCAGCCUUGCUGAGAAACAACCGGCCUUUGAUGGAUUCAAAGCUGUUUUACUUGAAAAUGGAGCUGAAUUCACAGAUUCUCUCAUCAGCAACUUGCUCAGACUCAUUCAGACGAUGCGACCUCCAUCCAAAGCAUCACUGAGUAAAAACUCAGAAGUGUCUGUCAAACCGAAAUCGGAGAAAGACAAAUUAAAGGAGAUGUUCCCUGCACUCUGUAGACCCAAUGAGCCUUUACCAAAGCGGCCGCUGGAUGAGGACGACGUCAAAGUAGCCGCUGAUGCAAUAAAAGAGCUUGAGAUGUUUAUGCCCAGCGUUAGUGGAACAGAGUCCAAAGAAGGCAAAACAAAGUCGGACAAAAGCAGACAUCGCAGCAGAAGCAGAAGCAGAGACAGACACCGGGACCGAGAUCGAGCCAGGGAUCGAGACAGAGACAGGAGGCGACGCCAUCGCUCUCGAUCGCGCUCGAGAUCCAGGUCUCGCUCCAGAGACCGCCACAGAGAUAGAGACCGAGGCAAAAGAAGGGAGAAGUCCUCCCGCUGGGGGGAGCGCUCGCCCAGCCCCCGAAAGGAUCAGGACAGGGACGGGGACCGCUGGAAAGACAAACACGUGGACCGGCCUCCUCCAGAGGAGCCUUCUGUGGGGGACAUCUACAACGGCAAGAUCACCAGCAUCAUGCAGUUCGGAUGUUUUGUCCAGCUGGAGGGAUUAAGGAAGCGGUGGGAGGGUUUGGUCCACAUCUCUGAGCUGCGCAGAGAGGGGCGAGUCGCCAACGUGGCCGACGUUGUCAGCAAGGGUCAGAGAGUCAAAGUGAAGGUUCUGUCAUUCACGGGCUCAAAGACCAGUCUGAGUAUGAAGGACGUGGAUCAAGACACAGGAGAAGAUCUGAACCCGAACAGGAGGAGGAACGUGGGUCCAGAAGGAGGAGAGGAGGUCACCAUGAGGAACCCUGACCGGCCCUCUAACCUGAACCUCGUCCACGCCCCCGAACUGGAACCGGACGACACUCUGGAGCGCAAGAGACUCACAAAGAUCUCUGACCCAGAGAAGUGGGAGAUCAAACAGAUGAUCGCCGCCAACGUUUUGUCCAAAGAAGAAUUCCCAGACUUUGAUGAUGAGACGGGAAUCCUUCCUAAAGUUGACGAUGAAGAAGAUGAAGAUCUGGAGAUUGAGCUGGUGGAGGAGGAGCCCCCAUUUCUGAGGGGACACACCAAACAGAGCAUGGACAUGAGUCCUGUCAAGAUCGUCAAGAACCCGGACGGGUCGCUGUCUCAGGCCGCCAUGAUGCAGAGCGCCCUGGCUAAAGAGCGGCGGGAGCUGAAGCAGGCCGCCCGAGAGGCGGAGAUGGACUCCAUCCCCAUGGGGCUGAACAAACACUGGGUCGACCCGCUCCCGGACGUGGAUGGACGGCAGAUCGCUGCUAACAUGAGGGGCAUCGGCAUGAUGCCCAACGACAUCCCAGAGUGGAAGAAGCACGCUUUUGGAGGAAACAAGGCCUCCUAUGGAAAGAAGACCCAGCUCUCCAUCCUGGAGCAGAGGGAGAGCCUCCCCAUUUACAAGCUGAAGGAGCAGCUGGUUCAGGCCGUUCACGACAACCAAAUCCUGAUCGUCAUCGGAGAGACCGGCUCUGGGAAAACCACUCAGAUCACCCAGUACCUGGCAGAGGCGGGUUACACGGCCCGAGGGAAGAUCGGCUGCACGCAGCCUCGCCGUGUGGCCGCCAUGUCGGUGGCGAAGAGAGUCUCUGAGGAGUACGGCUGCUGUCUGGGACAAGAGGUGGGUUACACCAUCCGUUUUGAGGACUGCACCAGUCCCGAGACGGUCAUCAAAUACAUGACGGACGGUAUGCUGCUGCGAGAGUGCCUGAUCGACUCGGAGCUGGGUCAGUACGCCAUCAUAAUGCUGGACGAAGCCCACGAGAGGACCAUCCACACCGACGUUCUCUUCGGUCUCCUCAAGAAGACGGUGCAGAAGCGCACAGACAUGAAGCUGAUCGUCACUUCAGCCACGCUGGACGCCGUCAAGUUCUCUCAGUACUUCUACGAAGCUCCCAUCUUCACCAUUCCGGGCAGAACCUAUCCAGUAGAGGUUCUUUACACCAAAGAGCCGGAGACGGACUACCUGGAUGCCAGCCUCAUCACCGUCAUGCAGAUUCACCUGACUGAGCCUCCAGGUGACAUCCUGGUCUUCUUAACUGGACAGGAGGAGAUCGACACCGCCUGUGAGAUCCUGUACGAGAGGAUGAAGUCUCUGGGACCCGACGUUCCUGAACUCAUCAUCCUGCCGGUUUAUUCCGCUCUGCCCAGCGAGAUGCAGACCAGGAUCUUUGACCCGGCUCCUCCCGGCAGCAGGAAGGUUGUCAUCGCCACAAACAUCGCAGAAACCUCCCUGACCAUCGAUGGGAUUUAUUACGUGGUGGAUCCCGGCUUCGUCAAACAGAAGGUCUACAACUCCAAGACCGGCAUCGAUCAGCUGGUGGUCACUCCCAUCUCCCAGGCUCAGGCCAAGCAGAGGGCGGGUCGAGCUGGCAGAACCGGGCCGGGGAAGUGUUACAGGCUGUACACGGAGAGGGCUUACAGAGACGAGAUGCUGACCACCAACGUCCCCGAGAUCCAGAGAACCAACCUGGCCAGCACCGUGCUGUCCCUGAAGGCCAUGGGCAUCAACGACCUUCUGUCCUUCGACUUCAUGGACGCCCCCCCCAUGGAGACCCUGAUCACAGCCAUGGAGCAGCUGUACACGCUGGGGGCGCUGGACGACGAGGGGCUGCUGACACGGCUGGGCAGACGGAUGGCGGAGUUUCCUCUGGAGCCCAUGCUCUGCAAGAUGCUCAUCAUGUCGGUCCACCUGGGCUGCAGUGAAGAGAUGCUGACCAUCGUGUCCAUGCUCUCUGUGCAGAACGUCUUCUACAGACCUAAAGACAAGCAGGCGCUCGCUGACCAGAAGAAGGCCAAGUUCCACCAGCCUGAAGGCGACCACCUGACCCUGCUGGCGGUCUACAACUCCUGGAAGAACAACAAGUUCUCCAACCCGUGGUGCUACGAGAACUUCAUCCAGGCCCGCUCCUUGCGCCGGGCCCAGGAUAUUCGCAAGCAGAUGCUGGGGAUCAUGGACAGGCAUAAGCUGGAUGUGGUGUCCUGUGGGAAAGCCACGGUACGAGUGCAGAAAGCCAUCUGCAGCGGCUUCUUCAGGAACGCAGCCAAGAAGGAUCCUCAGGAGGGCUACAGGACCCUCAUCGACCAGCAGGUGGUGUACAUCCACCCCUCCAGCGCCCUCUUCAACCGCCAGCCCGAGUGGGUUGUGUACCACGAGCUGGUGCUGACCACCAAAGAGUACAUGCGAGAGGUGACCACCAUCGACCCCCGCUGGCUGGUGGAGUUUGCGCCCGCCUUCUUCAAAGUGUCGGAUCCCACGCGCCUCAGCAAGCAGAAGAAGCAGCAGCGCCUGGAGCCGCUCUACAACCGCUACGAGGAGCCCAACGCCUGGAGGAUCUCCCGCGCCUUCAGACGCCGCUGAGGGGCGGUCGGGCGGUGGGCCUUCUGGUCUAUGUGUAAAAAUGAUCCUUUUUUCACACGUUUUUAUGUUUCUGUUCUAACAGAAAUUUGAAUGUUUUUUGUUUUUUUUAAGCCGGAGCUGCUCAUCUGUCAGAACUUCAACUGUUUGUCAUUUAAGAGGAAAGUGAGCACACAGAUUAUUUAUACCCACUUGUGUAGUUGUUACACCUGAGCUACAGGUGAGCUCUAGAUCCAAACUGAUAAAGAUGGGGAGGCAAAAGUCUGGUGUAUUUUGUCAAAGAAAAAAAGGAAAUUGAUCUCCGAUCACUAAAUUGAUCUCCGAUUUUUUGUAACAGUAAAUGGACGAGAGGAUUUCUAAAUAUUGUAAAAUGUACAAAAAAUAAAUGAUCUCUAAUCUCCCACAUUUGUGUCUCCUCUGACUUGGAACUUUGUCGAAGAAUAUUGUUUUGUAGCAACACGGAAAGCAGAGAAAAGCACAUACAUAUUGUUUCUAUGGCAGAGACGUUCUUAUAACUCUGUAAAUAUGAAAUAAAGUCUUUUCUUUUAACCUUU